AAAGGAACAAUGUAUUUGCUGGUUAUAUAAUGUGACAAGCUCAAAGCUUAGUUGACAGAAGCUAAGCUAAGGGUGAAUGUGGGUGCCCCAUAAACAUCCUCAUCAAUAGUCAACAUCAAGUGUGAAAGCAAGCAGCCCUAGUUCACGUUCGCACUCCACACGCACACAUACUUUAGACCAUACCGUAUAACCAUACCCUUCCAUCUCCAUUGCUCUUGUAUUUCCUAGUUGCAGAAGAGGCCAUAGACCCGUUACCAAUCUCAAUUACACACGCACUCUCUCUUUCCUUAUCUAUCCUUAUCCUGGUGCCGAAUGCGUGAUCACAACCAUGUAUAUAACUGCCUCUCCGCUUCUCAGAGUAACUAGGCCUAAACUAUUCUUUUCUUCUUCUGUUUCUAGAACCUUCGCUUAUCCUCCUUCUGUAACCGCUUACUCCUCCCGCAGUUCCUUCUCCUUCGGGACUCUAUCCUUUCGCUCCUCCGUUCCCCGGUGGAGCCACCGUCUCCAUUCUACCUCUCCGCUCACUGUUCGUCCUCAGAUCAGAGCCGUUGCCCCCGCCGUCCAACGCUUCCACCGCAAAAUCGCUACCAUGGCCAAUGAAAAUCCUUUUAAUGGAAACUUGACAAGUCUCCCCAAGCCCGGUGGUGGCGAGUUUGGAAAAUUCUAUAGUCUUCCUUCUCUCAACGAUCCCAGAAUUGACAGGUUACCGUAUUCCAUUAGAAUUCUUCUUGAAUCUGCCAUUCGUAAUUGUGACAAUUUUCAAGUAACUAAAGAAGAUGUUGAGAAAAUUCUUGACUGGGAAAAAACUUCUACAAAGCAAGUUGAGAUUCCUUUCAAGCCUGCUCGUGUUCUCUUGCAGGAUUUUACUGGAGUCCCCGCUGUUGUUGACCUGGCUUGCAUGCGGGAUGCUAUGAAUAAGCUUGGCAGUGAUUCAAAUAAGAUCAACCCCCUGGUUCCUGUUGAUCUUGUCAUUGAUCAUUCAGUUCAAGUUGAUGUAGCAAGAUCAGAAAAUGCUGUGCAGUCAAAUAUGGAGCUUGAAUUCCGGAGAAACAAGGAGAGAUUUGCUUUUCUUAAAUGGGGGUCAACUGCAUUCCGUAACAUGCUUGUUGUUCCUCCUGGUUCUGGUAUAGUCCAUCAAGUGAAUCUUGAAUAUCUUGGACGGGUAGUUUUCAACAAUGAGGGCCUACUCUAUCCUGACAGUGUGGUUGGGACUGAUUCACACACAACUAUGAUAGAUGGGCUUGGUGUUGCUGGAUGGGGAGUUGGAGGUAUUGAAGCUGAGGCAGCAAUGCUUGGUCAGCCUAUGAGCAUGGUUUUGCCUGGUGUUGUUGGGUUCAAGUUAUCUGGAAAACUACGCAAUGGUGUUACAGCAACAGACUUGGUUCUAACUGUGACACAAAUUCUAAGAAAGCACGGUGUUGUGGGGAAAUUUGUUGAAUUUCACGGUGAUGGUAUGGGUGAAUUAUCUUUGGCUGACAGGGCAACUAUUGCUAAUAUGUCUCCUGAAUAUGGUGCCACAAUGGGCUUCUUCCCUGUGGAUCAUGUUACAUUACAAUAUCUCAAGUUAACGGGAAGAAGUGAUGAGACUGUGGCCAUGAUAGAGUCUUAUCUCAGGGCAAACAAACUGUUCGUUGACUAUAAUGAGCCACAACAAGACAGAGUGUAUUCAUCAUAUCUUGAAUUAAACCUUUCCGAUGUUGAACCAUGUAUCUCAGGACCAAAGAGACCUCAUGACCGGGUGCCUUUGAAAGAAAUGAAGACUGACUGGCAGGCUUGUCUUGAUAGCAAAGUUGGGUUUAAGGGAUUUGCUAUACCAAAAGAGGCACAAGGAAAAGUUGCAAAAUUUGAUUUCCACGGGCAGCCGGCAGAGCUCAAGCAUGGUAGUGUUGUAAUUGCUGCAAUCACGAGCUGUACAAAUACGUCAAACCCAAGUGUUAUGCUUGGGGCUGGUCUUGUUGCAAAAAAAGCUCACGAGCUUGGUUUACAGGUCAAGCCCUGGGUUAAAACAAGUCUUGCUCCAGGCUCUGGUGUUGUUACAAAAUAUCUACUCCAGAGUGGACUGCAAAAAUAUCUAAAUGAACAAGGUUUUCAUAUUGUUGGAUUUGGCUGUACAACUUGUAUUGGCAAUUCUGGAGAGCUGGAUGAAUCCGUUGCUUCUGCCAUCUCAGAAAAUGACAUUAUAGCAGCUGCUGUAUUGUCUGGGAACCGUAAUUUUGAGGGCCGUGUACAUCCAUUGACAAGAGCUAACUACCUUGCCUCUCCUCCUCUAGUUGUUGCUUAUGCUCUUGCUGGCACGGUUGACAUUGACUUUGAAAAGGAGCCAAUUGGGACAGGGAAGGACGGCAAGAAUGUCUACUUGAGGGAUAUAUGGCCAUCUACUGAAGAGAUUGCAGAGGCUGUCCAAUCUAAUGUCUUGCCAGACAUGUUCCUAAGUACAUAUGAGGCUAUUACCAAGGGAAACCCUAUGUGGAAUCAACUACAAGUUCCUGCUGACACUCUCUACUCAUGGGACCCCAACUCAACAUAUAUCCAUGAGCCCCCAUACUUCAAGGAUAUGACCAUGGAUCCUCCUGGAUCUCAUGGUGUAAAAGAUGCCUAUUGCCUGCUGAAUUUUGGUGACAGUAUAACCACUGAUCAUAUUUCUCCAGCUGGAAGUAUUCACAAGGACAGUCCUGCUGCUAAAUACCUUCUUGAGCGCGGGGUGGAACGCAAGGACUUCAAUUCUUAUGGAAGUCGUCGCGGCAAUGAUGAGGUGAUGGCAAGGGGAACUUUUGCCAACAUUCGCCUUGUUAACAAGCUCUUGAAUGGGGAAGUUGGGCCGAAGACAAUUCACAUUCCUACAGGGGAGAAGCUUUAUGUGUUUGAUGCAGCAAUGAGAUACAAGGCUUCUGGGCAAGACACCGUUGUGUUGGCUGGAGCUGAAUAUGGCAGUGGAAGUUCUAGAGAUUGGGCUGCCAAGGGUCCGAUGCUACUGGGAGUCAAAGCUGUGAUCGCUAAAAGUUUCGAGAGAAUUCAUCGCAGUAAUUUGGUAGGAAUGGGUAUUAUUCCUCUUUGCUUCAAACCCGGCGAGGAUGCGGACACAUUGGGAUUGACUGGUCAUGAACGUUACACAAUUGACCUCCCAAGUAAAAUUAGUGAGAUUAGGCCUGGCCAAGAUGUGACGGUCACAACUGAUAAUGGAAAAUCUUUCACCUGCACAGUACGCUUUGACACCGAGGUGGAACUCGCUUACUUCAACCAUGGAGGCAUACUUCCAUAUGUCAUAAGGAACCUCAUUAAGCAGUGACGCCAUUGUUGAUGGAAAUUUCUGAGGUCAUUGUUAGUCAUGGUAUGUUUUCCACGUUGUAAAAUGUGGGAAUAAAUUUCUGAAAGAAAGGAGAUCCCUUUCGAGGGAGGUUUUGACUCUUGCCAAGGUUAUUAAUUAUUAGGCCUGUGAACAGUUGUUAAAUUGUUAGUAAAACACUGCCGAUUGCGCGACCCCACGAUCGGCUCAGGUGUCCUGGUGAAAUAUUUCAUUCUUCAAGAUUUAAGAGAAACUAUGGCUUUUUGAUAGUAGAACUUUAGAAGCAAAAGGAAAAGUGAGAUUUAGAUUUAUCUCAUCGCGAAAAGUUUUCAAAAAGUAGUACGUAUGCGUGGGGAGACAUUCCACGAAUAUGGUAGUGUAUCUUUUUCUUUUUUGGGGUCCAAAACAUGGUAGGAUAUCCAUUUCUAUUAGUCGAGUGACGAGGAACAGUAUAAAACGCGUUUAGAUCCGAAUCUGGGAACACGUUGAGAACUGAACCAUCUCAGGCGAUUGCACUGCCAUCUGCCAUUUUCGUCCCAUUCGUACAUUGUGGUCACCCGUAUAUUACCCAUAAAUGAAUGAUCAAGCUUUUAUUAGGAGUGAGCGAAAAACUAAAAUUGACCCGAAUUCAGGUGUAAAUUUGAUUUUUAAGUUGACCAGGUUGGAUACUGGUUAUUGUCGAUUUCAAGAUUUACAUUUUGGCGGAAUGAGGUAGUCGGGUCCGGUUCUUUAAAUUCACACCUAAUGGAACUCGAACUCCAUUGAUACUCGAUUCACUAAGCAUUUGGAUCACAAGGCUCAAAGCAUCACUAAUGUCACACGUAAAACAUUGGAGUUUAAAAAUUCAUUUUGAAAUUUAGAACUUCAAAAGGAGGGCCAUGAGACAAAGCUGCAAAGGGAAUGGUUCAACUUUCUAAACAAUCUGAAAAUUUAGAAAGUUAUCUCACUCUUUCUUUCACUCACUUUCAUUUUCUCACCGACAUCUUCUUUCAAUCUUUCUUGGUCUCUUUGACUCUUAUUCUCUCCUUUCUCCAUACUAAUGAAGGUUUUUCCUUUUCUCAUGUAAUCUUAAGGAUGCUUGUGCCGUUUCUGCCACGCCUAAAAUUUAUCCCUCUUUUCAUUCUCUCUUCUUUCUCUUGUGCUGUCUUGCAUUAUUGUUGGCAUUUUUUGAGUUUUACUUAUUCUCUUUUUCUCCUCUCAUAUCAUGUAAAAGAAGAAACAAGAUCAUAUAUAACAAGAAAUAAGAAGAAAAAAAAAACUUGCAGAACAAGAAAUAAGAUUGUGUAGAAAAAGAAAAAGAAAAAGAACUAGGAAACAUACAAAAAAAGAAACAUGAUCAUUAUAAAAGAACAAAAGAAAUGUAAAAGAAAAGGAAGAAAAAAGGAACCAAAAACUUGAGACAUGCAGAACA